UCCCACAAAAUAUUUAGAUUUAUUUAAAAGAUCAAAUUGUUCUAUUAUUCCUGGUGCAUCGGAGUAACGAGAACACCGUUAAAAAUCGAUUUCGUUUGAUAUCGGCGGACAGGCAGUUCCGGCGGCGACAGAUUUUCGAUUUUGAAAAAAACAGAGAGAACAACGGCAUUGUUGCGAUCGUAAAAGAAGCUGCCCGAUGUCUGGGCCAUGUCUUCGUCGGUCCUGAGUUCUUUCUCCUGUGAAACGACGAACGCGAGGAACGGCUGAGGCGAUUGAUCGUCGCUCGGAUACGCUGGCUCGAAACAAAGCGGCUGGGAAACGGUAAUCGAGCAAAGAGAAAUCGAGACUGGUUGGAUGGUGCACGAGGUGCAUAGGAUGGAGGAGGAGUCCCCUCAGAAGGAGGAAAACGAUGCGACAUUGGAAGCUGGCGUUACGCUACCGGACGAGCCUGAUCUCUGCGCCGAUCGGGCACGUGCUACAGGCCAAGAAGAAUUUACGUGUUCCCUCUACGUAUCGCGUGCCGUUGGCCCGCAAGUGCAAGGAUCCCAAGCAGGCGGAGAAUUGCUGCGUUCGAACCUGGAAGAUGUGAUCCGCACGUCGGCUCCUUUGGCGGCGUGGCACGUGUCCGAAACUCCUUGCGGCCUGAUCGCUGCGUUCGCCCGCGAAGCUGACGCCGAGAAAAUCCUGCAGCGGGGAGACUUGGCGCGUGUGUUCCAGGGACCAGUACAAGUGGCUCGGUUCUCGGCGAAGGAUUCCCGCUACAGGCAAGCGUUGCUGUUGCGUGAUGUUCCUUGGGCGAUCCCGCUUCAGGACAUCAACUCUGCCCUGUCGAAGCAAGCCAUCGCGGCGGGAAGCGUUGAGCGUUGGCGUCAAUACGUCCGCGUUGAGGUGCUGGACGCUGGCCAUUACGAGCUGCUCUUACGUCAAGGAUUGGACUUCUUCGGCGCGGCGCGGUUCAACGCGAUCCCCGAACGCUGGUGGCGCGGAGGAACCGGAAGCGGCGGCGGUGGCCCGCUGCAACCGGGACCCGGGAUGGUGAACAACCUCCUGGAGGUGGCGAACUUCCAGACCGGAGGGGACGGGGUCCUCCAGUGCUACCGUUGCCAGGGCUUCUGGCACAUGGCCGCCAACUGCAGGCACCUGCCGCGUUGCGUUCGCUGCGGAGAACCGCACAGCGUCGAGUUCUGCCCCAGACCUCGGAACAACCCCAUUUGCUGCCAUUGUUCCGGCCCUCAUCACGCUGGCUACCGUCAGUGCCCGGUUCGCCAGCAACUUUCGAAUGCUACGCCUAUUAGCAUCACGCUGAGCACGACUCGGAUCGGAAACCAGUAUCCGGUGAACGCCGCGACGAAGACGACGCCGUCGACGAACGAGCAGCAACCCUUAAAGUCGGGCCAGUCUUAACGGACGUCGGACACCGUUCGCUGCGCCACUCGCUGGGCCACUCGCUGCACGUUUAUCGGCGUAUGCAAACGACGGAUUACGCAAAUUCGCGGUUAUCAAUUGUUCAUGGACGUUUGACGAGCAACUCCGGCAGAUAAAAUUUUGAAGCGUAUCGUCGAAUGGAAACACACUCGACAAAAACAACGAGCGAGAAUUAUUGCCUUUGUACGAUGGCAAAUUCUGGACAAUAAAUUAACCGUGUUGCGUUAUUCUCGUUUUCUAGAAUAUAAUUAAUUAAUACUAUAUAAGGUAUAUAUUAAUAAGAACAAUUCAGACACGGUUGCAUUAUGUCUAUAUUAGUUUAUUAACGAGCUUCCUGUAGAAAUUCAAACGUAAUCAAUUUGGUGUCUUCUCGGUGCUUUAACCCUUUGCACUCGAAAGCUUUUCAGUAAAAUAUUUGAACAUUUUCUGAUGAGAUAAAGACAUUGUUUGAAACUAAUUUAACAUUCAUAGAUAAAUUAGGCAAAGCUAUUUUAUUGAAAUAUUUCACGUAGCAAUACAAGGUUUGAUUUAAAAUGGUAAACACUCGACCUCAUAGUUUUGUUGUAUCAAAUCAAGUGGUGACUGAGAGUCACCUCUCGAGUGCAAAGGGUUACUUUGAGUGCUGAACAUUGACAGAAAGCUUGCUCGUCUGAAGAUCAAUGAAUAAUAUUCUGAACAUAGCUUAAGUCCAUUUUUGAAAGGAAUCAAGUUAACCCUUUGCACUCCAGAAGUUUUCCACCAGAAAUAUUCAAUAUUUUCUAAUGAGAUGCAGAUGACAUUUUCUCAGAUUGAAUUAAGAAAUCUCGAAAUUAUUCUCUUUCAAUAUUUCGUACAUUGAUGCAUUGUACAAAGUUUAAUAUUAAAUAUCAAAGUUUACAGUUUUGCUGUGUCGAAUCAUUUGGUGACUUAGAGGCGCCUCUGGAGUGCAAAGGGUUAACCGUUAGAAUAGUUAUAAUUCUACGUGAUCUUGUUAUUCUUUAAUAGUUCAGGCACAAAAUGGCACAAAAAAGGUUGGGAAACACUAUGUUAAAUAGUGUUUAUAUUAGAAAUCUUCCCCAUGAGUCUGACACGGUGUCGCAAGGCAAGGGGUUUAAAGUGUACGAAACUCGCCGCUAGGUUUCUCUUUCGGAUCCGCGGGAUCAUCGAAGAUGCUCGAGUAGAUCGCCGCGCACUAUCCGCAUAAUUCUUUACUUUUCGUCCUACUUUCUUUGUCCUAGUCUCCCUGAAUGUAGGUCCCCCCGGUACACGUAGCUCGCGUACAUCGUCUCUGCCAAAUACCUUGUAACGUCAGGAUAAACCAUGGUGGGAGCCACGGGGGACAGGAGAGGGGCGACGAAGGAGGUGGGAGUCCAGCGAGCAGGUGUACCCUGCCAAGUUGUUGCGAUGCUUGAUAAGCUUAACCCAUUUUGUUCUGCGAGCAAUUUGUUGAAAACAUUCCUCUUAUGGAAAACGAAUGGUGUACUGAUGUUUUUGAGGAAUAUUGAUAAAUAUUCAUUUAAUGUUAGUACAUCACUGAAUGGAUUAGGAUGAGCCAUUUCUAAAAUUGUCUACAAUUGUUGAAAAGGUAGCAGGGAGAUUUACUGAAUAAUUAAUGAAUUCACUUAGCAAUAAAAUUGAAUGGUAAAUCAAUUGAAAUCUUGAUAGUGUACUCAGAGAUUCUGUGGAGAAAUUUAACACUAAAACUAGAGUACUUAAACUGACUUUAAUUGGUAAUUGGUUUAUAUAUCAAUUUAGAUAUUACUAGGAAUUAGUAUUACUAAGAUAUUACUAAUUAGGAAUUAGAUAUUACUAAGAUAGUACUAAGAAUUAAGAAUUUCUCAAACAAGUAUCUAUGCCUUUCCAAUAAUUGUAAAAGAAACCAUGAAUGGCUCAUUUAGACCUGUCUAGCAGUUGCCUUUUCCUAAUUUUUCCAUAGAAACGCUAAAAGUGCACUACUCAGAUCUCAACUAAUUACAAUUCUCUUCACCUAUUACAACAACUUCAUCAGUAAUUGAAUAAUUUAUCAUUUCAUUAUCUGAAAAAGAAAUCAGGAAUGGUUCAUUGGACCCAUCUGGUAGUUGCUUUUCAUAAUUUUCCCAUAGAAACGCUAAAAGCACACUACUCAGAUCUCAACUAAUUACAAUU